GGAAGCGGAGAAAGACGAGAUGGAGAGUCUUUUCCAGGUUGCCAAUCUUAGCCGAGCAGUCCGCAUCCUGGCCUUCGACCGGUUCCACCGGGAGGUCCUGACCGUUGUGAAGGCCCUCCGCGACUGCGCGCCCUUGCUGGUCGUGCCCACCAUCAUGUCGCUCCACGUGUGGGUGACCAGCGCCAACUUCUUCAUGUGGUUCGAGAAGGCGUUCAACGGCCCAGCGAAACAGGAGAUGAACUCGAUCCCGGCGGCCAUGUAUUGGACCUCGUCGUUCCUGAUCGGCGAGUGGUCCCUGGUGGAUUUCUCCAGGCCGAGCGCGGUGCUCUGCAUCCUCUGCUGCCUGGUGGGCAUGAUGCUGUUCGCCCUCCCGCUGGGUAUCAUAUUGGAGGCCGUGCAGAGCGCGCUGAUGCUGGAGCUGGUCGAGCAGAGGGUGGAGGAUCAGCUCAAGGGCGCCGACGACCACGAGGCCGAUCAGAAGCUGAACCCCGAAGAGGAGGACGACAAUGACAGCGACGAGGACGGUGGUCGAGCGCCUCCCGGCAGCCCGGCAGGGCUGGCGCGGUGGACUUGCGUCGAGACUAGCGCGACGUCAUUCCUGGGCGAUCCUGCGAAGGAGGGAGAUCCGCCGCCCCAGGCGAUCAGGCAUCGCGCAACCCUUGAACUGCACUCGCAGAAGGCAAUGGCCGAGGCGGCGCGUCGCGGCCAUCUGAACGCCUUGGCGGGUAGACUGGCCGAACGAGAGCUCAUUCUCGCCCUGCCGGCGCCAGAGGGCGGAGGGCCGAAUAUCGAGCAAAUCAUGGCCCGUGCGACCCAGAUCUUGACGACGCGGGCGCACUUCGAACAGGACGCCGUGACUGUAGGUUGCCAGCCUAAGGAAGUGGAGAAGGCCUACCGGGGGCGCUUCCUGGUCGAGCUCAAUGGGCUCAAAUGCCAGUCAGGCAGCGCGUUCGCGGAAUGGUGGCGCGGCGCGUCUGGCAGGCCCCGGCGCCUCUGGCGCCGGCCGCUCCGCGGCCCCGAGAGUAUCGGCAGCUCCCCUGCGGAGGGUCCGACAGUGAAGCCGUGGGGGCACGGCCGACAGCCGUUUCCGCCUUCCUUGGGCUUCACUGGAGUGGAGCGCGAAGAACCGAAGGUAGCGGCGCCGUGGCCAGCCAUGGACAGUCUCCCCACAGGAGGGGUUCGACCUGGCCCGGGGUGGGUCCGGCGGUCGCAGGAAAGCUUGUUCGAGUAUCGGAAUGCCGACGAGGCCAUGCGUAAGGCCGAGGAAGACCCCGCCAAAGGCGGGACCGGCGUGGUGAAAAGCGAAAGCGUAAGCAGGAGUUGCUGCGACAGCAUCCCCGUGAUGAGCAAAUAUUCUGCUGCUAUGAGGCAUCGUCGCAAGGUGAUUGGCGGCGAUGGAAAGGGCUCCUGGGGCGUUCUUGGCAUGGCUGAUUUUGAGCCUAGCUAUUUUGCGUACUCUGAGUGCUCCGUCUACGCUGCGACGGCCGUGUGCGAGCCCUUGGGGUGCAUCCCAUCGGACUUGAUCCCGCUCGCCGUGAAGAGUAAGGAGAUGCCCGAGAUGUUUGGCAACGGCACCCUGCCGAAGAAGUCGGUGCAAGUACUGGGUGUCAGGUUGGUCGAGAAUGACAAGCCAGCGGCGGGGGUCUUCGACGUAGACGACCCGGGGGUGGCGACCGUCUCCCCGCGUAUCUAUGAUAAUGCCACGUCCUGGGGCGUGCGUGAUGGCUCCUUGGCGACUGAGUUCCGUCCACGAUGGGAUGAGAUUCGCCCGAUUUUGCGGAUUGCCGUGUCGGAGGCACCCGUUCCGACGGUGUCGUGGACGGUGGUGUUCGACCAGCGUUUUGGUGGAGUUUGGAUCAUUGGAUUGCAGGACUCUGGUAGCAUCGAGUAUAUUUAA